GUGCACUUUAUAAUAAUCAUAAACUCAGCAUAUAACUAUAUCAUUAACAUUUAGAAUAACUUUCUUCAGAGAAGUUUUUGGUUAGAGACAUAAUUGUACAGUUUUCUGGAUAAUGCUUCCUAAUCUUCGACGAAUUUUCGCUUCCUUCCGAACAGAAAAGGAGGAACGCUCGUACUCCAGGACUGCCUUUUUUCAUUUUAUAGGUUAUAUAUCUUUCAGUGUCAUAUUUAGCCUGCUAGUACGAAGGAAAUCGCCUACUUUGUCCAUUACUCCUCCUUUCAGCGCUCUCUAAAGGUGGAAGAAGACGUGAAGUUUAGUUAGGUUUCACUUUUUCUUUUGUUUUUCUUUAGGUGGUUCAAUAAUAAUAUCAAGAAACGAUGAUGGUUUAAAUGUCUAACAUGCCUGAAAUACGAACUUUAGAUAUUUACAAACGUGUAGGAUUUGUUGACAGGUUGUAUACUAAAACAGCCCUCCAAAAGGCAAGAACAAGUUUUAAGAAGACCGUGAUGUUGUUUGUUGAAUGGAAAUCUAUUGGCAUACGUUUUAUGUGAGAGGGAGAGAAAAAGAGUUUGGACCUUUAAAUAAAU